UCAUGAGUCAGAUCUGGCUACCCAAGUAAAUAUAAAGACAAGACUACCUCGCCAUACUCCAGUUGUACGCAUCCAGUUAAAGAUGAAUGUAUACCUAGUGGUCCUGGCCGUGGGGGUGAGUGCCGCCCUGCUCCUCGUGUCCCUCCCCAGGGUGGAGGGAUUAAGUUGUGUUCACUGCAGUUAUGUGAGGGUCAGGUGUAAAACCCUCCCCAAGUCCUGCCAAGCUACUCGAGGGCCGUGUGGGUGCUGCGACAUCUGUGCAGGCAAGGUGGGACAGACGUGCUCCUUCUUCAAACCGUGCGAGAAAAGACUUAUCUGCAAAAGGACAGGGUGGUCUUCUGCGUGGAAGAGGAGCGGAACCUGCCAGAGACCAGUGAAGGGCUAGGCCGGGAGUUCCUGCUGCAGGUGUCCACCUCUCGCUUCAAACGUGAGGGACUUGCAAGAACAAUAAACAUAUUAAAAGCAGAAAAA